CAGAUCCGAGGUGCCAAGGUCGAGGACAGCCACUACGAGAAGCAGGUAGAGGAGACCUGUAAGAGCAGAAGACGCCAGAAGGGGAGUCCAGCACCUCGUGUAGCACCGGCUCAGUCACACAAGGAUCCUGAGAAGUGAAAAUGGAACAGGCCAGAACGACGAUAUCCAAAAUAUUCAAUGGGGAGCCACGCUCGUACACACGCUUCAACCUCACCCAGAACAUGGAGGGGGACAACAGCCACGUGGAGAUGAAGCUGUCGGCCGACCUGGACGAGGAGGUGGGGGGCAACGGCGUGGGCGAGACCCACCAGCCCAACGGCGUGCACGGGCCCUACGCGCUGCGCAAGACCGGACGCUCGCCCAUGAACAUCUGCUUCCUGGUGUCCGCCACCCUCCUCAUCUUCAUCAUCGGCUAUCUGAUUGGAUACCUGGUUCACCGCAAGAAGGAAGAAGUGGCCCUCAGCUGUAAAUUGGCAGACCUUCCCCUCAGCCCUCCCAGCGUAGUGCAGAGAGAGACGGGGGCGGCCCCGCUCAUGGACUGGGUGGACGUCAAGAGCCUCCUGGCGGAGCAGCUGAGCGCCGACAAGCUGGAACAGGCCUUCAGGGACUUGGGCAGCGCCAGCCACCGAGCCGGCAGCCCCGGGGACGAGGCGCUGGCCACCAAGGUUCUGAGCAGGUUUAAGGCCUACUCCAUGCAUCCGUGGAGCGACGAGCACUUUGUCAGGGUCCAGGAGCCCGACGCCCGCAAGCCCAACCAGGUCACCUUCAAAGGGGUGACCGAGAAACAAACCGGCUUCCUCUCCUACAGCGCCACGGGGAAUGUCACCGGCGCCAUUCUCUACGCUUACUACGGCCGGAUGGAUGACUUCGAGAUGCUGAAGGACUUCAAUAUGCUUCUGAGUGGGAGGGUUGUGCUGGUGAAGGCUGGCAAGAUCAGCUUUGCUGACAAGGUUGCCAAUGCUGCCAGGUGGAAUGUUUCUGCUGUGCUCAUAUAUGGAGACACGGACAUCAACGAGCUCUAUGGACACGUCCACUUGGGCUCGGGAGACCCAUACAGCCCCGGCUUCCCUUCCUUCAAUCACACACGGUUCGCCGCAGUCCAGUCGUCCGGCCUGCCCUCCAUCCUCGCCCAGACCAUCUCCUGGAAACUGGCCCAACGCAUCAUGGGAAGUCUGGAGGGACACUUGCCACCCAAUAAGUGGCGCGACGUGAUCCGCCUGGGAGACAAUGACGUGGUUACGGUGGAGGUCAACAACGUGCUGGUGGAGAAGAAGAUCCACAACAUCUUGGGCGUCAUCAAGGGCCUUGUGGACCCAGACCGUUACAUCAUCCUGGGGGCUCAGAGGGACGCCUGGGGCACCGGCUUUGCCAAGUCCACGGUGGGCACCAGUGUCCUGGUUGAGCUCGCCCGCUCCAUCUCCACCAUGGUGAAGCACCGGGGCUUCCGGCCAAGGAGAAGCAUUGUGUUUGCCAGCUGGAGUGCCGGUGAUUAUGGGAACGUUGGCUCCACAGAGUGGCUCGAGGGUUACCUGGCCUCUCUGAGCAUGAAGGCCUUCUCGUACAUUAGCUUGGACGGUGUUGUGACAGGUUCCGAUAAGUUCAAUGCCUCCGCAAGCCACUUGCUGCAGUCCCUGGUAAAGCGCACCAUGAAGGAGUUGAGUCCGAUCAAGGAGAGGGCGAAAAUGCGGUGGGAAGCAAACCUGCAGCCCAUGCAGAUGUCAGAUGCUGCCUUUCCUUUCCUCGCCUUCUCAGGAAUUCCCUCCAUCUCGUUCAGAUUUACCGGCACUUCUGACUACCCGUACUUGGACACCCCGCUGGACACCAAGGAGCAGCUGUCAAAGGCCACGUCAUACCAGGUGCCCAAGCUGGCGCUGGCCGCCGCCCAGGUGGCCGGUCAGAUGACCCUGCGCCUGGUGCACGACUACCUGCUGAGCUUCGACCUGCAGGGCUACGACCAGCUCAUCACCGUCUACACGGCCGACAUCAGCCGCAAACUGCUCACCCUCCAGAGGGACCCCAUGCUGCUCAGGGAGGUGACCGCCGAGUGGCUCCAGGGGGCGUCGGGCUCAUUCAGCCGUGCCAUGAGCGACCUGAUGUCAUUCAUCCGUGACAGCGAGCUGCAUGACCCGGAAAUGUGCCGUGAAAUCAAUGACCGCCUCAUGCAGGUGGAGAGGAACCUGCUGUCCCCCUAUGUGUCCCCGCGGGACAGCCCCUUCAGGCACAUCUUCAUAGGCUCCGGCCAGCACACAUUCAAGGCAAUCGUGGAUCAGCUGGAGGCCUUCCGGCUCAAGAACUCCGUAGUCGACGUCGACACCUUCAAGACCGAGCUGGCCCUGGCCACCUGGACCCUCCAGGGCUGCGCAAACUCGCUAGCGGGGGAUGUCUGGUCUCUGGAUAAUGAGAUCUAGACCACACCCACCCCCGUCCUGCACAUGGUUGGGCCCUGACCACGUGUUGGUACCAACCAAAACCAGUGGUAGGACCUACCACGUGAUGGGCCCCUCAAAGCUGUAGGUCCCAGCACGCGGUAGGUCCCACCACGCGGUAGGUCCCACCACAAGUAGGUCCCACCACGCGGUUGGUCCCACCACGUUGGUCCUGUCACACCAAAAUUGUACCGGGGGCGAAAAUUGUACCGCCUACGUAAUCCUCGUUCGAAAAUUCCAAACCUGCCUGGCAACGGAAGAUCGAACGAUGACGUAGGAAGGUUCAUUCGCAAACAUUCGGGCUCAUUCAUUGAGCGUCACAAGACGAAAUAACAUUUGAUAGCUAACUUAUUUUACAAAUGACAUUUAUUAGCGUUUCUAACUUUGUAUUUGUAUUGUAUUUAAUUGUUUAAUCGCAUUUAGCUCGUAAACUGAGUCUAUUAAAACAACAAGCUAGCUAGACGAUGAUACACUUUAAACACUCAGUUUACUAACUAAAUUCAAUACAAUACAAAUAUAAAGUAAAAACAAGUGUUAACUGUAUUAUGUUAUUUCGUCUUUGGCAACAUGAGCGCCAAUGUUUUUUGGAACCCGCCUGGCAACGGACAAUCGCGUCCAACGUAAUGUUUUGAACGCGGAUUACGUAGCAGGUACAAUCUUCGCCCCCUGGUACAAUUUUGGUGUGACAGUCCCAUCACGCAGAACUGGCAGCUUUUAGAUCUGCAGAUGAUGUCCCUGUAAAUGGACACAACAGUUGUAGGGCAGUCUUAACGCAAUCGGUCAUUUGAUGUUCAUCAUUUGAUGCUCAUCCUAAUAUUGAUUUCUACACUCCCAACACCCUGAUUAACUUAUAAUAUAUUGUUUCCCUUUUUAUUUUCACAAACUCCACAAUGCCAAAUUGAAAUGAUGAAUUGGAAUUGGCCUCCAAAUGAGUUUAGGUUAAGGAUAUUCCACUGUGAGGGCGUUAAACCUAAUGAUCACCUCUACAAUACGGAAGUAAACUCAAAGUCUGUGAUUUUGACUUUAACUGAAUAAGAUGUAAUUUAUCUGAUGUGCUUUCACUCAGUCUUGAGGAAACAUCAAUUUUUGCACAGCAGGACAAAUCGCAAAAUGAGCACUGGUUCGAUUUCUUUAUUGUUUACAGAACGUAAUUUCUUUGCGAUCAACAACUGCUGUCAUAUCUACUGAUGUUGUAUAGAUCUUUUAAUUGCAUUCACACCUCGUCGUUUUGUAUCUGACAAGGCUUAAUGUACCAUUGUGCUAAAAUACACAGUUUUGUGUUGGAGUCAAAAGUUACCAGACCGCUAGAAUGGUCAACCAAUCAAGACAAUCGGAUAUAGCUGCCUGCAGUCAACAACAAAAAUAGGUAGCCAUUUAUCAUUCUCACGUUAGUCUCCUGUGAAGAUUGUCUUAAAUGGCCACUUGCUGACCCAAGAGCAAAGUCCCAUAGUCCAUUUUUCUAAAAUCCAGCUGAAAGUCUGAAUCAGAAAACCAUACCUGUAUUUAUUUUUGUUAUUUAUUUAUCAGUGGCAGGGUUCACUAUAAAUAGUGCUAUUUUUUAUUGCUUGUUUAUCAGUGGCAGGGUUCACUAUAAAUAGUGCUCUUUUUUUAUUGAUCUUUUUAUAUGUAAUAUAUAAUUAUCGGGAGCAGUGCCUUCCAUAAUUAUGACAGUUAUACUGUCGAAAUGACAAAAGCAGCAUCUGCUUCAAGAAGUAUACCUGUCUUCUGAUAGGCGGCCAGAUACACCUGUCAAGGCCAACUGCCCAAUCACGGCAAACCGCCCAGCCCAUCAUGCCGUAGUCAAACCACCAAUCUGUCAAAUUCAACCGCUCUUACCAAUCGUGGCCCUUGCAGAGGUUGGCAUAAGAAAACCUUCAGUUUGGAUCUCCACUUGGUUGAACAUCCACUAGUCCGGUUGGUUGGGGGUUUUGCGGUCAGAGACAUCCUGCCCCAGUACAGUUGGAGGCUCCCCGGGUGCCCUGCGAGUACCGCGCUCUCGGGGGCAUGUAUACUUCUAAUCCUGAAGACGUUAUCGGGAGCAGUGUCUUCCAUAAUGUGAAGGAAAAAAAGGUAGUUUUUGCCUACCAGUGUUAAUCCAUAUCGGAGGCAGUGUCCUCCAUAUUUCACUGUAGGGGAGUGUAUGUUUUGUAUUAUCGGGAACAGUGUUUCCCAUAAUUUCUGUAUAUAACAGUAACGGCACCAUAAAAUACACAAAUUGUCAUUGUCAUUAACAUCACCAGUUAGUUGUCGUUUUUAUCUGUGUUUAACUCGGAGGUCUCGGAUGGGCGUAAGAAGACUUGUAAGACGCAAACAGUGGCAGGUUCCCAGAAGGGCACAAAUUAUUUCGUGGCAUAAACAACCGUGGCCACAUGAUCCAUGAAUAGCGCCCCUGAUAACACUUUCGGGCUUCUUCAAACCGGCACCAAAGAUUGGUGUCUAUUGUGAAGAGUAGUCUUGGUAAUGGGUCGUGCCGCAUUUCAGAAGUCAUAUUUCCAGUCCCAACCGCCGGUUCCUCCUCCUCCCUUGUGCUUCUUCUAUGGGGCUGCAGGCGUUAAGGCGUCAGUUUCCAUUGGGAUCGGGGUAUGUUUGUAUUUUCAAAUCAAAUCACCAAACAAAUCCCAUGACGCCGUCAUUGGUUCCAACUAUUGGUUGUGGUUGGCGGGCUUAUCGAGAAGGCCGUGUCUCUCAAAUGUGCGGGUGGUCCAAAUGAUGCAGAUCAGAUAUAAAUGUGUUAUGUUUCGUUUGGUUAAAACGUUUAUGUUGCUUUUCUGAUGGUAGUCUUAUGUGUGCCUUUUUUCAUUUAGAUUUUUUUUAUUUCUUUUUUCGGUGAAGUCUGCAUUAUGUGGGCUCUUAAAUAGCUGACGUCUUUCAUGAUUAUGAUGACACUGUUUGAAAAAUCACAUUAGUGCUUUCAAUCUAUCUCCCUCCACCCCAGUUGCUUUUGAUAGAUUAAUAUAUAUGUUAAUUUUUUUUUGCUUGAACCAAAAUGUGUCUAAGGUUGUGUAACAUUCUAUCUUUACCAAGGUUAAAACUAAUUUCAUAUUAAGUCAAUUGAAACAGUGAUUAUUAGAAGGUCGCUUCUUUUAUACCCCCCCCCCCCCCCGCAGACACACACACACCACCACACCCUUGUGAAAGGUAUGAAGGCAAUGAAGCCAAAUCUGGCGUCAGAUAAAUGCACAUUUUUGUCACUUUGUUCAAACAACAAGUGGACAAAAUACAACUGUUGAAUAGUUUUAAAGAUGGCCAACAUAAUUGCCUGCAUGGUUCAGGAUUUUCAACCUAAUUUGUGACGUCGGAAAAAUAAAAAGUAAUUUAAUAGAACUGCACAGAAUCUGUACCACUUGAUUUGAAUAUCUUGACCUUCAAAUAUUUAUGUAGUCACAAUAAACAUGUAUAUUAACUUUAAUUUAAAUUGUUAUGACAUAUUGAAAAGUAAUUCUAAUUGCCCUUCAUAACUUUGCUUAUUUGUUUCUUUACAAAUUAUCUCAUUAUUAUUAUUACUUUGAAAAUCUUGAUUUGUUUCAAAACAUUUCUCAAACAGUAAUUUUUUCUGAUACUAUAGGCUGCUCAUUGCCGUUUGUUCUCAUUUCUGUCGUUCAAAUAAAUGGUCAUAAGGUACCCUGUGUUGACUCUUUUCAUGAUUUAGGCUACACACUCACAUUUAGUUGACAAUUCAUAAACCAAUGCUAAUGACUAGGCAAUGCAAGUUUAUUUAUACAGCACCCUUCAUUCUCUAGACCAUUCAUAGACAAU